AGGUAAUCUCCGUGCCGGAGGAUAAUACACAAACCCCUGAGGUUAAAUCUGUAGGAGAGCAGACUGAGCAGUCAUCAAAGGAGCAAUAGAGCCUCGGUGGAUGAGGUAGAAAGCUAACGGUGGCUUCAGUGAUAGGUCUCAGGCAGACAAGCUAGGAGUCAGUGCGGACUCUUCUGUCCAGUGGUCACUUUCCUGUCAUCAACAAGCGGCUGACUUGCAGCAUGGCUGGGAUCAAUGUGCUGCUCUUCUCUCUGGUCAUAGGGCUGGGUGCCUAUUACUUUUACAGCUCAGAGAGCAUAUCUCCAGAAAUGGUAAAAGGGAAGAGAGUACUAGUGACUGGAUCAAGUACUGGGAUCGGAGAACAGAUUGCAUAUAAAUUUGCAGAAAUGGGGGCUCAUGUGAUGCUCACCGCCAGAAGGGCUAAACAACUAGAGGAGGUGGCAAAGAAAUGUCUGACGCUGGGGGCAGGAUCGGCCCAUUACAUAGUGUCUGAUAUGGGGAAUUUGACCUUGGCUCAGAAUGUGGCCCAAGAAGCAAUUACAAAACUUGGUGGUCUGGAUUAUCUGGUUUUGAAUCAUAUUAGAGGUGGGUCAUUUGAAUCGUUUAAAGGUGACAUGGAUGCUGUGCUGAGUUCCAACUAUAUCAAUUUUCUCAGUUACAUCCAACUGACGUCUACAGCACUGAAGGCGCUACUGGAUUCCCAAGGGAGCAUCGUUGUUAUGUCCUCUCUGAGCGGACGUAUCGGGGCACCAUUUACAACAAAUUACUGUGCAACCAAGUUCGCACUGGAAGGCUUCUACAGUUCCCUCCGCAGAGAAUUUGAUCUCAACAAGAAUAAUGUAUCUGUCACUAUGGCUGUCCUGGGAUUUAUUGAUACAGAGAGUGCUGUGCGUAAAGUAGGUGACAAAGUGACCAUGUCAGCAUCACCCAAAGAGAUAUGCGCUGAUGAGGUGGUAAAAGCAGCCGUCUUACGGAAACCAGAAAUGUUUUAUCCUUUUUGGAGUAUUAAACCAUUUGUGAUGUUGCGAGAUUGGACUCCAACUCUGAUUAGCAAAAUACUGGAUACAUUCUAUGUGCUAGAAAAUAUUCAGUGAACAACCUGGAUCAAUAAAACACUGAAAUUUG